AUGAGCUGUUUCUGUUGCUCGCGGUGGCCGUACGCUGAUUCAGAUUCAAAAAUUGGCAGAGUUCGGUUAACAGAUUUGCCUUCUGUUCAGUUGGACACUAAUAGAACUGGACAAGGUGUUGUUUUAGUUAAGAAUAGCACCAGGAUUUGUGGCUCUGGAUCUGCCUUAGCUAACACCCCAAUUCAACAAAACAAAGCAUAUUUUGAGGCCAAGUUACAAUCAGCAGGUGUAUGGGGUCUAGGAUUGGCAAACAGAAACUGCAAUUUGCAAAGUUCUUUACAAGGUGCAGACCAAAACAGUUGGGUGCUUCGACAGGAUGGAAAAAUUUAUCACAAAAAUGAAGAAAGGGGGAAGUUGAGUGAACAGCUGCCUCAAGAGGGUGAUGUCUUGGGUUUCACAUAUGACCACGUAGAUUUGAAAAUUUUCCUGAAUGGUAAGCCGACAAACUUAUCUUUUAGUGGUAUUAAAGGAACUGUUUAUCCACUUGUAUAUGUCGAUGAUGGAGCAAUAAUUGACAUGAUUUUUAGUCGUUUUGUUCAUGAACCUCCUGAUGGCUAUGAAGAAAUUAUGAUCGAGAAAUCAUUAUUAUGA